ACCCCAAAAAGACCAAAACUUUCUCAACAAAAGAAGAAAAGAAAAAUCCCCCAUUUCCCUUUGUGUUCAAGCUUGAGCUUUGAUCAUGGAGGUUCCUCAAGACUACAUGGUUGAAGAGAGAGAAGAGUACAUGGUUUCACCAACUGGUGGAAACCCAUUUCUCAGAAAAGCCUACUUUCUCAAACCCACUUUGCCAUCCUCCGCAAAGGAACCUCCUUUGAAGCUGCCUCUUUGUUUCUCCUCCCUCCCAUCCCAUUUUGAGCCAAAGAAGAAAUGGCCUUUGAAGGUUAAAUUCCCAGGAUGGCGUACGCUCUCAGAAGACUUCAUAACUUGGGUCGACCGCUUAGCUUCUGUACACGAAUCUACAUGGAAGAAAGCUGGUAUUUAUGAAGCAAUUCUUAGUUCAAGGUACGAAAUAAGAAGGCAAGGCGAUUUGGCUUGUGGGUUUGCUGAGAAAUGGUGCUCUGAGACCAAUUCCUUCAUUUUUCCAUGGGGCGAAGCAACAAUCACGUUGGAGGAUGUUAUGGUUUUAGGAGGUUUCUCUGUUUUGGGGCACUCUGUUUUAAGCCCACUUGAAACCACAGAAUCGAAAGAAAUUGAGGAGAAACUAAAUAGAGAAAGAAGAACACCUUACAGGGAUGUAUCUAGGGAUGUUCUUGCAAGCGAAUGGUUGAAGAAGUUCAGGAACAGUGGGACCGAAUUCGAGCAUGAAGCUUUUCUUGCCUUAUGGUUGUCAAGGUUUGUUUUCCAAGGUGCUAGUUGUAGAAUACAUAAGCAUGCUAUAUCCAUGGCAAUUCAUUUAGCUAGGGGGACCAGAAUUGCCCUUGCACCUGCUGUUCUUGCUAGCAUUUAUAGAGAUUUGGGUUUGUUGAAAAGGGAAAUCGUAGCUUCAAACCAAUUGAAAAGAGGUCGUGCUACUUCAGAGGCUAUUCUUAGGUCACCAUUUCAAUUAGUUCAGGUUUGGGCAUGGGAAAGGUUCUCGGAACUUAGGCCAAAGCCCAAUGAUAUUAAUUAUACUGAGCCAAGAAUGGCGCGAUGGGAAGGAGUUGAUGGUCUCAAAGUCAAAAACUUGAGAAUUGUUUUGGACUCAGCUGGAGAAGAUUUCAUGUGGCGCCCAUAUGCCAUGGCCUUGGAGAACUGGCAUUUGCCUAACUAUUAUCCACAUAAGGAAAAGUGGGUUUUGGUUGGUCCAGAUUUGGAUGAUGAAUUACUGUCCUUUGUUAGAUGCUUGAGGGUCAGUGAGCUAGUAGGACUUGGUACUAUAGAACACUACCUCCCGCAUCGCGUUGCUAUGCAAUUUGGAUUUGAUCAAGAACUUCCAUGCUCUGUUACCCGUCGUCGCAAUUCUGAUGUAGCCUGGAAGCAUUACAACAGGGAAAUCAAGAAUGUUAAGUUGUAUCUUCCACCUAGGCUCUUCGAGGGGGAUGUUAGCACAAAGUACUUGAAAUGGUGGAAGCAAUCAGUGUUAGGUCUCGAAGAUGCAAAUGAAGCUGCUGUGCCACAGGAAAAGAAAGAUCAGAGUGUCAAUUGCUCGCUACUAAGGGCUAAUCACACCCCUGCACCUCCUAGUUUCCCUCCCAAAUGGGACAGGAUGGAAGCUCCUAUAAAUGAAGAUAAACUAACUGUAUCAGAAGUUUUGAAACAUAAUAGGACUAAGAAGCAUCGAAAUUUGGAGAUUAGACAAGAUGGUGACAGUGAGAAAUUAUUAUCAGAUAAAGUCCAAUUGGCAUCUCCAAUUUCAGAGAAAAAAUUCAAUACGGACAUGGUGGUAAGCAUCGUAGGAAAUGAAUGUCAUAGCCGUAGCUCUUUAUUUGAGAAAGGUCUAUUGGAGUUUGAGAAACGAGAUUCAGAGCUUGCAGUUAGGUUUAAAAGGCUUGAAAGUGUGGUUCAGGAGUUAAAAGCACAUAGGUCUGGGACAAGUUUCAGGAAAAGUUGAUCAAAGACAGCCCUCCGUUGAGUUGGUUCAAGUGUCACUCUCAACAACAAAAGUGGGGGAAAUUUUGACUUGAUAGCCAGCAUCAUUUACAGUGAUUGAUGUCAAACGGCCAUUACUACAAGCUAUCCUAAACCAAUUCAGGGGGAAUCCAUCGGAAUCAAAGGACUUUGAAUCCAUUAAACAAGAACUUUCCCAAAAGAGUCUGCAUUACACCUUGUCUGUAUAAUGUAUAAUGUAUAAAUGUAUAUGGCCAAACUUUACAUACACCCAAUGGAAAGUAAUCGUUUCCACUUUUGAGCCAGUAUGCUGUUUUAACACAGGAACCAACUUCCUCAAACAGAUAGAAAAUAUAGAGCCAGAAAGAAAUUCCAAUUAGAGAACAAACAGAAAUAGAAACUUCAAUAAUAUCAUUCAACUUGGAACAAAUUUGUUAAUUCAGAAUCUCAUCCUCAAUUUCUUUAUUAUUAGAAAUUAAAGAAUUGCUAAUCAAUCAAUUACAAAGUGGAAACUGUAACCUAUACAUCA